AUGGCCGCUGUCCUGGGACAGACAAUUGAGGAUAGCCGCUGCAAGACUUCGUGUGCUGCGUGUUUGCCUUUGGCUAGAUUGAUAUUGGUGGUGGAGCCCAGUUGGGCAUCUGUGGGCCUACUGUACUUCCUGGACUUCGUCAUCGCUCCUGCCUCGAACGACGGAGGAGGAAACGGAGGUGGAUUACAGGCCGCACCGGCCUCUGCCGCUGCACCUGCUGCGCAGCAUGUACCUGCUGCCAACGGGCCAACACCGGCCAAUGGAGGACAACAAGGGCAAGUUGGUGGCUUCGAACGAGGCCUGGACUCUGGACUUGCCAAAGCUGCCCCAUCGGCACAAGGCUUGACGCAGAAGACCUGUAGGUUCUUGACUCGCUCUUCCAACAUGAGGAGGAAGUUGAACUACCAGAGCGAUGAUACCACCUUCAAGCAUGAUGUGCACAUGGUGGACUACGACAACUAUGACAACGUCGAUGACGAGGCCUUGGACGAGACCUACUACCAUGAUGAUGACGAGAUCUACUACCAGUGGGAAGAUGAAUCCUAUGACUAUGGCUAUGAGGAUGAGAUCAACUACGCCGACAACACGAUGGGCGAAGAAGAUGUCCCACCAGAGCUUGAUGAAGCAAGUUUGGCAGCUGAGGACGCCUCCAUCAACUACCUUGACAGCCGCAAGAAGAUGCGAGAACUUGCACUGUCCCGCGCGUUCUAUCCUGUGGUCGCCGUUGACUUGAAUGACAACAACUUUGGUGGCCGUGGAUCUGGGAAGUCCUAUGGGAAGAGCCGCAACACGGGCGGUGGAAAAGGAAAAGGAAAAUCAAGGGAAAAGGUGGCAAGAGUAAAGGCAAGGGCAGUGGAAAAGGAGCUGGACACCUUUUGCCCGGAGCCAGAAGAUUUGUCUUCGGCCGAAGAUCUCCAUCGGAGAACAACUCAUCGACAUCCACGGUGGCAAGGUCGACUACAAGUGGAAGCACUGCCCAGCAUGGACCACGGUUCAAAAGAUAUCGACUUCCAACAUCUGGCAUCAAGGAAGUCCCUGACGACGCCAACGUCCCCACAGAGACCACACCGGUUCCUGGAGGACCCGCGUGACUUUCGUUUUAGAGAUGGUGUCACGGUUCGGUCUCAGUUCUGUGCCAGAACGCCAGUCUGCGUUGGAAAGGUUUGGCGAGACCUGGUGAUCCAUGUCUUGCCCGGACACACUCCACUUCUUCUUGCCCGACCUGACCUUGAAAGCUGGAACAUCAUGGUGGACUACGGCGAGAAACUUGUGUAUGUGGAUGGUGUUGAGAUCAAACCCCUCAUCUCUGCAAAUGGCCACUACCUGAUCAACAUCUUCGACGACCUGAACAACAUCCUCCACGUUGAAGACCUCUACUCCAAGUCAACAGUCUCUGACGAGACGGAGGUGUUCCUGGACACCGUGAUUUCCGAUGACAUCUCUGAUGAAGAGCCGGACUUGGAGGUGGACGUCGACGAAGGCAUGAUCGACGAAGUGAUCUUUGGAGUCGUUGAGAAGAGCAAGAUUCAUCAGCGAACCCUCAAAUUUUGGGAGGUCUAUGUCGACGAGGAUCGAGAGAUCCAGCGCGACUUUCGCAAGCUGGCCGCCCAGGAGAAACCACAUCAUGGGAUGAUGGCACCGGAGUGCAGACUUUGGUCCCCCAUGCAGAAUCUGAACUAUCGCACUCCUGAACGCCGAGCUCCUUUACAAGAUCUUCGCAACUUGGAGGAGGAGACCCACCUCAAGUUCUAUGAGAACGUUCAUGCGGACCCCAAGAAGAUCGACUUUGACUGUACAUUGGAACAGCCUGCUGAUGCUACACCCUGGCUGACGCCAACCCUUGAGAACAUGAAAGGGAACUUCGAGACAGUGCUCGAUCGCUGCAGAACUGGACUCAAAGCUUCACCUGACGAUCCUCGAUUUGUGAGGAAGCCCACAAAGUUCAGAUCAACUUCCAAGACGGUCUGUGUGGCAGCCAACUUGAGAUGCCAAUACGACAUCGGUCACACGCAGAUGAUGGGCCAAGGAGCUGUUCCCAAGGCCAUGCAGAACUAUGAGCCUGACUUGGUUCGGCGCUUGGGUGAUGCAAUCUAUGAGUCUAUGGCCGAGAUCUGGAGGCGACGAGGACAAGCUGAGCUCAUGACACUGGAGCUUGUGGAACACUCCAACAAGGAGAUGCAGUAUCUGGAGCAGAACAUACAGCUGGUGAAGAUCGGAGGUGGCCAGACGCAUGCCAGACGCUACAAGUGCCCACAAUGCAUUGCAAAAGCUCAACCAAAAGCGACGCUUCACAAAGCCCCACACUUCAACCACACAGUGGCCAUUGACACGUUCUACAUUGAGUGGGACAAGGAGAAACGAGCUGUCUUCACCAUGCUGGAUGAGUUCAGUCGCUAUGAGAUCGACUGUGAGAUCAAGGAUGAGGAUGCUGAAAUGGAAGUUGGACUGUUCGAGUCCACAUGGGCCAAGAACUUCGGCUACCCAAAGGUUCUGAGACUGGACGCCUUUGGUCCACAUCAAAGUGAAACCUACGCUGAGUGGGUAUCCAAUCAUGGCAUCAAGAUGGAACUCAUUCCCCGUCCAUGGAGGAUGAGGAUCUUGUUGACAGAAGAACGACUCUGA